CUGAUUGACCACGACUCCAACAAGCCGUAUUGCGAUCUCGAAGCUAUCCAAACUCGUUAGAGAAGGGAAAUACGGUACACGACUAUACGAGUUGCCCAUUGAUAUUACGACAUCGCAUAAACGCACUCCUUGCCGGUCUCUCCAACACACCAACAGAUUAAAUCAUGUCGGAACAGCCUGAGAAACCGCCGCUGCCUCCUCGCAAUGAAUUCAUACACAAAUCAGCGCUUGCAGGAGCAAUAAUCACUCCCCUAGCGAUGCUGCUCCCUCCCAGAAAGGCCGACGUCCGACUGCUCGUGCUGGUGGGAGCAUUCUCACUCUGCACAAACCAGCUUGCCUACGAGUACACAGGACAAUCUAUAUACGGGCGGUUUGGAAGCCGCGUGGGCUCAAUAUUUGACACGGGGCUACCAGAAGGCGCAAAGAGGACCCAGCAGCUGCUAAAGGAACAAAGGGAGAGAGAGGCCGCGCAGAGACAGGCUCAGAAACAAUCCGAGCCGGAAGAGGGCAAAAGCCGGCUCAAGGACAUCUGGAUGGGCGGCGAGGGGGAGGACUGGAAAGAGAAGAGGGCCGAGGAGCACAAGAAGAGCUUUCAAGAGGGCAAAGGCAUGAGCGAUAUCAUCUUUGAGCAGAUUGCUGAUGUGUGGAGUGGCAACUGGAGAGGCAAGGCGAACAAGGACGACUCUUCCUCGGAUGAUUCGCAGGGGGAGAAGAAGAAAUAGUUUGGGGAUCUACAGCAUUUGAUUGACGAUGUUGAUGCUAUGUGGAAUCUUUCUACGAUUAGUUUGUACUAGUAAGGUGGCGUGAUUGUAUGAUAGGUAUGGGUAUGUGUAGGUAGGUAUGUACAGAGUCUGUGUGGUUGGAAU